AUGACCUCAGCAAUACGCUUGGGCGUAGAGAACGCAGAGGCAGACAGCAUCAUCCACGGUCUUAUUACCAUAUUCGAACUCUUGCAAGGAAUGAAUCUGGACGCUACCAAUCAUUCAAUAAGAAGGUUGCGCUUGGUUUGGGUAGAAGACACAAUCGCGUUCGAGCAGAACGCCUUCCUUGGACGAAUAGCAGAUGGAUGGGAUGUUAUAGGGGCCUGGACUUGGUUCAAGAAUCUUCAAGAAGCAGAUGAAGAAUCCGGUUCAGGAUUGUGGGUUCUUGUGAAGGCCCUUACAGAUGCUGUCGUUUUCUAUCACAAGAAUUUCCCUUCCACCUUAAGUCUCGACUACAACCGCCUUCGGACAGUGCAGCUGAAUUUUCAAGCUUUGGUUUACCAAGCGGCAUGCCGACGGACCUUGGACGAAACACUACAGUUCCUCGGCUGGACGGGUAAGAUAUUACCAAGGUCAUAUGCCGAAUUGUUCCUCAGAGUGGCCGACUUGAUAUCGGACCAAGGACUGCGCUAUGAUUACUGGCAAAAGAGGGGUCCUGUAGCUCUGGAGGUUGUCAGAGCGGCAUACGAGGUUUGCGGCAAUCGCGAGCUGCCUGCGUCCGAACACCUGGAGUUUGCAGAGACCUGUCUACGCCAUUGUUGCGACCCGAAAAAGCCUGUCUUCGGAGCCCUGCGGAGUUCUCUCGCUCGAGCAUUGAAAGACAAAGUCGACGACGAAGUGUGCGCGAUAGACGAUCUCACCCCCGUACAGCUCAUGAGGCGCCUAGUCCCCCAGAAACCGGGCUUUGCCGUUCAGAGUGAGAAUGAGGGCUUGGUCCAUAUUGCUAAGCGUAUAUCGCACAUUGCCGAGCUUCACUGGCGGAUUUGGGGACCCAUACUCUACGAGCAGCCUAUGCACGUUGGAAACAGAACUUUGGACCAUACAUCUCUCGUCGAAGACGCUCUACAUGGCCAGGGAAGCUCGCCUUCCCGCAGGACCAACGAGUUUGGAGAGUUGCCGAGGAACACCGGUCUGAGCUGA